AUUCUUUCUUUACUUUCACAAAGUAUCAAAUCAAAUCUCAUUCCCGAUGACAACAUUCACCAACGAUCAUCAUCUUCUUCUUCUUCUUCACCUAGCUCACCCGAUCUGAAAAGCCACCAAUGUCCUCUCUCGGCGGCCAAUCCCGCUGCGGCUGGCUACUCGGCCCAUCACUCGACAAAAUCAUCAAAAACGCCGCAUGGCGCAAACACUCUCACAUCGUCGCCGCUUCCAAAUCCGCACUCGACAAACUCCAAACCCUAGCCGACGAUCCCUCCUCCUCCACCUCCCUCUACGGCGUCUCCUCCUCCUCCGACCUCGAUCUCCUCCUCCUCCCUCUCAUCCUCGCCGUUGAUUCCUCCUCCCCCAAAGUCGUCGAACCCGCCCUAGAUUGCUGUUACAAAUUAUUCUCCUUACGUCUCAUCCGCGGUGAGAUCGAUUUAAAUUCAAAUGAUGACUCAGGUUCUAUUGUGUCUAGGUUAAUUGAUUCCGUUUGUAAGUGUAGUGGUUUGGGAGAAGAGAUUGUGGAGCUAUUGGUUGUUAAGACUUUGUUGUCGGUUGUUCGGUCCACUACGGUUUUGGUUAAGGCGGAUUGUUUGAAUCAGAUUGUGAAAACGUGUUAUAAUAUUUAUUUAGGUGGAGUGAAUGGGACGAACCAGAUCUGUGCCAAGGCGGUGUUGGCGCAGAUGAUGGCCAUUAUUUUCGCUCGUGUGGAGGCGGAUUCGGUGCAGGCGACGUUUAAUACGGUUUCGGUGACUGAGUUGUUGGAGUUUAAUGAUAGGGGGCUUAGUGAGGGGAGUUCGGUGCAGUUUGCGCAGAAUUUGAUUAAUGAGGUGGUGUUUACUAAUGUGGUUGAUGUGGUUGAUGGGAGUGGUGAUGUGACGUCGCCGGUGGUUCCGGAAGUGCAGGAGGAGAAAGGUGGGGAGAAGGUGGGUGAGGGUGAGGGUGAGGUGGGUGAGAAAGAGGAUUUGAGUGGGUAUACAAAGAUUAGGGAUUCGGGGGUUAUGGUUUUUAAGAAUUUGUGUAAGUUGUCGAUGAAGUUUUCGUCACAGGAGCAGUCGGAUGAUCAGAUUUUGUUGAGGGGGAAGAUGUUGUCUUUGGAGCUGUUGAAGGUGAUCAUGGACAAUGCCGGUCCGAUAUGGCGCACGAAUGAGAGGUUCAUAAAUGUCAUCAAACAGUUUCUUUGCCUGUCCUUGUUAAAGAACAGUGCAUUGUCAGUCAUGUCAAUUUUUCAGCUUCUCUGUUCAAUAUUUCAGAGCUUACUUAUAAAAUACAGAUCUGUAUUGAAAUCAGAAAUCGGGAUAUUUUUCCCCAUGCUCAUUCUCCGUGUUCUUGAAAACGUUCUUCAGCCGAGCUUCAUACAGAAGAUGACAAUCCUCAAUUUACUGGAUAAAAUAUCUCAGGAUUCACAGAUUAUGAUUGACAUUUUUGUCAACUAUGAUUGUGAUGUUGAUUCUCCCAACAUAUUUGAAAGGACUGUGAACGGUCUUCUGAAAACUGCUCUAGGUCCACCUCCUGGUUCCACUACCACCUUGACUCCAGUGCACGAUCUAACAUUCCGGUUUGAAUCAGUUAAGUGCUUGGUUAUAAUCGUCAAGUCUAUGGGAGCUUGGAUGGACCAACAACUUAGAAUUGGCGAGUUUGGUGUUGUACGCAGCACGCCUGAUAAUAAUGAUACUGCGCUGGAGACUAGUCACACAAGUCUCGGAGGUGAUGAAGUAGGUCUUUCUGAUUUUGAGUUGCACCAAGAAACUAUUAAUGACCAUUCCACUGCUACCCUAGAGCAACGCCGCACUUAUAAGUUAGAACUCCAGAAAGGUAUUUCCCUAUUCAAUAGAAAACCUUCCAAGGGUAUAGAAUUCCUGAUAAGUAACAAAAAAGUUGAUGCAACACCUGAAGCGGUUGCAUUGUUUUUGAAGAACACUUCUGGUCUGAACGAGACUGUGAUUGGUGACUAUUUGGGUGAAAGGGAAGAUUUCUCGUUAAAGGUAAUGCAUGCUUAUGUGGAUUCCUUUAAGUUCGACGGAAUGGACUUUGGUGAGGCUAUUAGAUUUUUUCUAAGGGGUUUCAGAUUGCCCGGCGAGGCACAGAAAAUCGACCGUAUCAUGGAGAAAUUUGCAGAGCGCUAUUGUAAAUGCAACCCUAAUUCGUUUACCAGUGCCGAUACAGCUUAUGUUCUUGCCUAUUCUGUCAUAAUGCUGAAUACAGAUGCCCAUAACAGCAUGGUCAAAGACAAGAUGAGCAAAGCUGAUUUUAUCCGCAACAACCGUGGGAUCGAUGAUGGAAAGGACUUACCUGAAGAAAGUUUGGGCGCCCUCUAUGAUCAAAUUGUGAAGAACGAAAUAAAGAUGAAAGCCGAUACUUCAAUACCACAAAGCAAGCAGACAAACAGUGUCAAUAGAUUACUCGGCUUGGAUGGUAUACUUAAUCUUGUCUGGAAGCAGACAGAGGAAAAACCCUUGGGUGCGAAUGGAGCCCUUAUAAAGCACAUCCAAGAGCAGUUCAAGGAAAAAUCAGGAAAAUCAGAAUCUACUUACUAUGCUGUUACGGAUGCUGCAAUAUUGAGGUUUAUGGUAGAAGUCUGCUGGGGCCCAAUGCUUGCUGCGUUCAGUAUGACUCUGGACCAAAGUGACGAUAGAGCAGCCGCUAAUUAUUGCUUACAGGGGUUUAGGCAUGCUGUGCAUGUCACAGCUGUAAUGGGUAUGCAGACACAGAGAGAUGCGUUUGUCACCACUGUUGCAAAAUUUACGUACCUUCAUUGUGCAGCAGAUAUGAAGCAAAAAAAUGUUGAUGCUGUCAAGGCAAUAAUAGCAAUCGCGAUAGAAGACGGGAAUUAUCUUCAGGAUUCCUGGGAACAUAUAUUGACUUGUCUGUCUCGAUUUGAGCAUUUGCAACUACUGGGAGAGGGUGCUCCAUCUGAUGCCUCCUUUUUAAGUGGAUCAAACGUUGAAACAACAGAAGACAAAUCACUCAGGAACAACUUUCCGUCCUUGAAAAAGAAAGGAACCCUCCAGAAUCCGGUUGUGAUGGCUGUUGUUAGAGGCAGCUCGUACGACAGCACUUCUCUAGGAGCUAAUACGUCAGGACUGGUGACCCCAGAUCAAAUUAGCAGCUUCCUUUCGAAUUUGAACCUGCUUGAACAGAUAGGAAAUUUUGAGCUUAAUCACAUUUUUGCUCACAGCCAAAGGUUGGAUAGUGAAGCAAUAGUCGCUUUUGUCAAAGCCCUUUGCAAAGUUUCCAUGUCGGAGUUGCAAUCCCCAACCGAUCCUCGGGUGUUCAGUCUGACGAAAAUAGUUGAAGUUGCGCACUACAAUAUGAACCGUAUCAGAUUAGUGUGGUCUCGCAUCUGGAGUGUUCUUUCGGAUUUCUUUGUUUCAGUUGGUUUGUCAGAAAACCUGUCAGUUGCUAUCUUUGUCAUGGAUUCGUUGCGUCAACUGUCUAUGAAAUUUCUUGAGAGAGAAGAGCUGGCAAACUACAACUUUCAGAAUGAGUUUUUGCGACCAUUUGUGAUAGUCAUGCAGAAAAGCAACUCUGUUGAAAUCAGGGAAUUAAUAGUUCGCUGCCUCUCACAAAUGAUACUGAGUCGCGUCGGUAACGUAAAAUCUGGUUGGAAAAGUGUUUUCAUGGCGUUAACUGCUGCUGCUGCUGAUGAAAGGAAGAAUGUGGUGGUGUUGGCAUUUGAGACGAUGGAGAAAAUAGUACGGGAGUAUUUUCCUUAUAUAACUGAGACAGAGACCGCGACUUUUACGGAUUGUGUCAGAUGUCUCAUCACUUUCACCAAUAGCAGAUUUGACAGUGAUGUAAGCCUAAACGCCAUUGCUUUUCUCCGCUUUUGUGCUGUCAAGCUUGCCGAAGGGGGCCUUAUCUGCAAUACUGAAAAUGUUGCUGCUGCUGCUGCUGAUGCUUCAAGCGUUUCAGUUGUGAAGGAAGCUGAUGGAGAAAAUUUAACGGAUGUAGACGAAAACGCUUCCUAUUGGAUUCCUUUGCUAAGUGGGCUAUCUUUGUUAACAUCUGAUCCAAGAUUAGCCAUCAGAAAGAGCUCUUUAGAAGUGCUUUUCAACAUUUUGAAGGACCACGGCCAUGUAUUUUCCCGCUCAUUUUGGAUUACCGUAAUCAAUUCGGUAAUUUUUCCAGUUUUCAAAAACGUGAGCGGUGACAACAAAGAAGAUAAAGACCAGUCUUCACCAAAAAGUAGCUGCUGGGAUUCCGAAACUUGUUCUGUGGCAACUCGGUGUUUAGUGGAUUUAUUCAUCAACUUUUUUGGCGUGAUGAGGGCUCAUUUAGGUGCGGUAGUAUCGCUAGUGGCGGGAUUGUUGAAAAAUACAGGACAAGGCUGUGCUAGAAGUGGAGUAUCGGGAUUGAUGCGUUUGGUGGGUGAGUUGGGUGGCAUGCUCACUGAAGAUGAGUGGGCGUGCAUUUUUCUUUCGUUGAAAGAAACUGCAGCUUCGUUGUUACCGAGUUUUCUAAAACUUUUGAAAAUUAUGGAUAGAAUUGAAAUUGGCAUGCCUAAUGUUGCGCAAUCAUCCUUUUAUGAUGAUGAUGAUGAUGGGAGAGAAACGCCGUUGUCCAGUAGUAAUGGUGCAGUUGAUAAUUAUGACGAUGACAAUUUGCAGACUGCAGGAUAUGUCGUUUCGAGAAUGAAAACUCAUAUAUCAACACAACUACUUAUCAUGCAGGUGGCAACUGAUCUCUACAAUAUGCAGCAGCACUUGCUCAAGGCCUCAAGUGUGAAAAUCGUGCUUGAAUUAUUUUCCCAAACAGUGAGUCACGCACAUGAAUUGAGUGCAAACACGGGCCUACAUCUAAAGCUGCAGAGAGCAUGCUCCAUCCUCGAGAUUACAGACCCGCCCGUAGUACACUUUGAGAACGAAUCGUAUCAAAACAUACUCAACUUGUUGCACCAUUUACUGACAAGUGACCUGUCUUUGUCAGAGGAGAUGGGUAUAGAAGCACAACUUUUUUCAAUAUGCCGAGAAAUUAUACAAAUGUACCUAUCCUGUUGUAAAUUGGAACAGCAGCAACUGCAGCAGCAGAAACCGGUUCACUGGAUCCUUCCGUUGAAUUCAGCCGUGAAGGACGAGUUAGGGGUUAGAACGUCAUUGCUCGUGUCAGCAUUGAGGGUUUUAAGUGAAGUAGACAGGGAGCGGUUUAGGAGGUAUGCGUCUGCGCUGUUCCCGCUGCUUGUAGAGUUGGUGCGUUGUGAGCACACUUCCCGUGAAGUCCAGCCUGUUUUAAGCAACUUGUUUCAGACAUGUAUAGGCCCGAUAAUAAUGAACGUGUGACAGUUUACUGACCUAUAUAUAUACAUAUAUACACAUAUGUAUAUAUGUGUAUAUAUUUGCGGUGUAGUAUGGUAGCGUUUGACAUGAUAUAUCUUGUGCAUCAUUUUUGGUACAUUGGUAUAAUGAGAGAAGAUGGUUAUGGUGUAUGAUUUGUAAUAUUUACUGUAUGAUUAUUUUUUAUUGAUUAAUACAAACACUUGUUGCCGGUUUU